AUGAGUUCGUUUUCCAAUCGUCGAAAGCCGCGCAAGAUUGGCGGGGAUGAAAAUGAGGAUGAGGACACUACACAAGACAAUGAACCAGUCGUCAAGCGGCCAGCAAGCUCGAAACCGAAGCAGAAAUCCAAACUGCGGCUCUCGUUCGGACCGGGGGAGACGUCGAUGAAUGAUGGUGGUGACCAAGAAAGCGAAGUGGUCAUCCCCAAACGACAUGGUCUAGGCCGGAAGGCGAUGGAAAGAAGUGCUUUUCAGCGGACAGGCUCGUCAGAACGACUGUCCACGCGAGUGAGCCAGGACAAAGAUCGGCCGAGCUACAGCAGUGACUAUCUGAAGGAAUUGCGAGACUCUACACCCUCGACACCGAAGACGAGCACGGACGACGAAAAAGAUCGAGCGGUGGAUGUGGCGGCCAAAUUCGGCGAGGUCAUGACCGUCUCCGGACCGUCGGCGAUCCCCAGUGAAGCUGAGAUCAGAGAGAAGAAAGCGCGCCGGGCCCGGCUGGCUAUGGAACAUGGUGCCCAGGAGGAGGAUUACAUUGCGCUUGACGAUGAAGACGGCGUUGCCCAUCAUGACGACUGGGAUGUGGCGGCACGAGGGGAGAAGGUCAAAGACACGAGACUAGUCAGAGACGACGAAGACUUUGCCGAGGGGUUUGAGGAGUAUGUUGAAGACGGCAAAAUCUCACUGGGCAAAAAAGCAGAGCGCGAGCAACAGCGGAAACAGCGUGCAGCCAUGCGUGAGCUUAUUGAUGACGCCGAGGGUGUAUCGGACGAAGAAGAUUCGGAUAUCGAGGAGAAGGCCGCCUAUGAAGCUACUCAGACCAAGAAGGCGAUGGGCAAUGGCCGUGCAGACCGUCUCGAUCGGCCCCGGACGCCUCCCAAGAUGACUUCUCUUCCCAAGUUGGCCCACAGUCUAGAGCGACUACGAACCUCCCUGGCUGGUAUGGAAACAUCCAAAACGCAAAUGAUAAGUCGUAUGGAAGAUUUGAGGAAGGAAAAGGAAGAGGUUUCUAUGCGCGAGGUGGAGAUUCAGGCACUGAUUCAGGAAGCGGGGGAAAAUUAUGAACGACUCAAGAAAGAGGCCGGGAUUGACGCCAGUGCUGAUGGAGAUGCCUCAGCGCGUGCGCUGGAGCAACCGCGUGGCUUGGAGAGUAUCGGUGCGCCGGUGGCUUCGUCUGGUUCUAGCGAUGAAGAAGUUUGA